AUGGCCCUUGAAUCGACAAACAGCGAGCAAUUGGGCAGAAUCACCGACCGCCUUGGCCUCUACCAGAACCAACUCCGAGGCUCCGACUCCCACUCUUCCUCCAUUCCCACAACCUCCAGCGCAACCGCUCCCGCUGCAACUGCUGCCACCAUGUCUCGCGAUCCGAUCACCUGCCACGUUCUCAACACCCUCUCGGGUACCCCUGCGGCGAACCUCCGCGUGACCCUGACUCUCCUGUCCGGCCCGGACACCGUCCAGAGCCCCCUCACCUACACGGCCACCACCGAUGCGGAUGGCCGCGUGAAGAACUGGACUCCUCUCGUGGGCCACUCUGCCACCGUUCCAGCGGUGCUGUCGGCUCUCCCGACGCCAGACAGCAAGACGAACUGGUCGGUGCGCUUCGAGGUCGGCCCCUGGUAUGAGGCGCAGGGCGUGGAAAGCUUCUGGCCCGAGGUCGAGGUGAAGUUCACCGUCAAGGGCCGUGGCCGUGAGGGCGAGGAAGGAUGGAGACACUACCAUGUGCCUGUGCUGUUGGGACCCUGGAACUACUCUACCUAUCGCGGAUCGUAA